AUGCGUUUGCACCCGCGUGAUGACGACGCUCAGAUUACUCAGUCCAUAACAUCAAAAGAAAAAGAAACUAGGUGCGAAAACGAUGUAGAGAAAUGUGCGGUCAUUCCAGCUUCUCACGUUGAUGCGCCAUACUCGGCAUUUCCACAGCGUGUAAGACUUUUCAUCGUUUUUACCGCGUCUGCCUCUGCGUUCAUGAGUCCAUUUGCUAUAAACAUAUACAUGCCAGCCGUUCCGGACAUAUCUGAACAUCUUUCUAUUUCAAGUGCCGAAGCACUCCUUUCCGUCACAAUGUACAUGAUCUUUCAAGGAUUGUCUCCUUCUAUUUGGGCACCUUUGUCUGACACUUACGGUCGACGGCCGAUUCUGGUGUGUACGUUUUUGGUGUUUCUCAUUGCCAACCUUGGCCUUUCAUUCGCUAAUACGUACUGGCUACUUCUUGUUCUGCGCAUGCUUCAGGCAUGCGGUGCUAGCAGUGCCAUUGCCAUCGGUGCCGGUUGCAUCAGUGAUGUGUCAGAGCAGAAAGAGCGCGGAUCGUACAUGGGCUUUUUUCAAUUUGGUACACUCCUAGGCCCCUCUAUUGGGCCUGUUGUCGGCGGAUUCAUGGCCCAGGCAUGGGACUGGCAUGCAGUUUUCUUUUUUCUUUCAGCGUUUGGUGGCGUCUACAUGUUCUUUUUGUUUUUGAUGCUUCCCGAGUCCUUGCGUGCCUUAGUGGGAAAUGGUGCAAAAAUACCUAUUAGUGUAUGGCGCACGGUAAUUCCCCUUUGGGACAUUAAAAAAGCCAGUCUGUGCCAUGAAUUCAUGACCAUGCCUCCUAAAUUGCACAUUCGUACAAUGGGUUUUGAUUUGCCCUGGCGAAUGUACCUGCAGCCUGACAUUGCUAUGAUGAUUGCUUCGUACGCUAUUCCUUUUGGCGCCUUUACAGUCAUGAGCUCAACGCUUUCUCCUAUCCUGUUUGACAAUUACAAUCUUAAACCAUGGGAAAUGGGGCUCUGCUUUCUGGCAAUUGGAUGUGGCAGUGCUAUCGGAAGCAUCGCUGUUGGUUACUUGCUUGAUUAUGAAUAUGCACGCGAAAGACAUAUCCAUGGUGACAAUAUCAACCUUCAUAAGGUCCGAUUAAAAUAUAUGCCGUACUUUAAUGUCUUAUUUUGCCUGUUCUUUCUUGCCAAUGGAUGGUUGUUGGACUAUACGAUUCAUCUUGCAGCUCCGCUAAUCAUGCAAUUUCUUGGUACGUUUUUCGAUACACUAACCUCAGCGAGCGUAGCGGCUAUUAUGUAUUAUAAUUGCAUGUGUGUACACUUUACAGACUAA